GCGCCUUCCACAAAGCCCAGCUCUUUUGCAUAUUCAUGAAGUGGGCGGUGACGCAGAGGGGGUAUAUAUGCGGAGGCGCAGCCAAGCGGCUGCGUACUUCGUGCUGGGAGCUUGGAAGCUCGUGUUUCGCUUCUACUAGCCGCGAAAUCGCACCGAGGAAAAAUGGCAUCUGAUGAGGGAAAGCUCUUUGUUGGUGGACUCAGUUUCGAUACCAAUGAACAGUCUUUGGAGCAAGUCUUCUCGAAAUAUGGCCAGAUAUCUGAAGUGGUGGUUGUGAAGGACAGAGAAACCCAGAGGUCCCGAGGAUUUGGCUUUGUCACCUUUGAGAACAUUGAUGAUGCAAAAGAUGCAAUGAUGGCCAUGAAUGGGAAGUCUGUCGAUGGCCGCCAAAUUAGAGUCGACCAAGCAGGCAAGUCAUCUGAGAACAGAUCUCGUGGAUACAGAGGGGGCUCAGCCGGAGGCAGAGGCUUUUUCCGUGGUGGCAGAGGCCGGGGCAGAGGCUUCUCCAGAGGUACUGGUGGAGACAGAGGCUAUGGUGGUGGCAGAUUUGAAUCAAGAAGCGGGGGUUACAGUGGAUCCAGAGACUACUAUGGCAGCAGCAGGAGUCAAGGCAGCUAUGGAGACAGGCCUUCAGGAGGGUCCUACAGAGACAGCUACGACAGUUACGCUACACACAACGAGUAAAAAACCUUCCUGACUCAAGAUCGUCCUUCCAAUGGCUGUAUUUAUAAAGAUUUUUGGAGCUUCGCUGAAAUCGUUCUUGUGUAGUCAUCUCCUUUGUAUUCUCACUUUUGUAGUAAAAACAAAACAAAAACAAAAAACCUCUCAGUUCUGACCUUGUCAAAAACACAGCCUGACAGCUUCUAAGUGAUGGUCUGUUUAGACUCUAACGAAAGCUCUGGGGUUUUUCCUCUCAAGUGUUUUAAUGUUUCAUUUUAAAGCACUUAAGGUUUUAGUUCAUUUGUGAGACAAGGUGUGUGUUCUUAGUUCUUUUUUUUAAGACCGGAAGGUUUGGGGGCCCCUGUUUUUUUCCUUUGUUUUGAGCGAGAAAGGACUUUAAUUGUUCAGUAGAAGCUGAGCAAGCUGUGGACUUUUUUGGUGCAUCAUUUUGUAACGUUCCUUUAGUGUACCAAGGUAGGUUCUGUGGCCUGAGAAUGAAGUUGAAAGGCAACCCACCUUGAUAUAUCUAAAGAGAUACUUGCUUGUAUGUUUCAACCUGCAUUAAGAGACUUUUACUUGUAUGCCAUAAAAAACUUAACCCAGAGAGACUCUGCAAGUCUUAUCACGCAAGAGGUUCAUGGAAAAAGUUUGUUUAUAUUGUCCUUUUUUUACUGGAAGAAAGUAUGCCUAAUUCCAUUGCUGUUGUAUCUUUGAAGUGGUAAAAGGAUUUCUUGUACAGUUUUCCUUUGGCUUCACGAAGCCUAUUAAAGGUCCAUCUGAAACAAAAGAA